CCACACGGCGCCAUAUUAGACGAACGCUACAGCGGUGCGGAAGAAGGCGGGUGAGGGGAGGAGUGCUCCGUCUGCAAAGGGUACUAACCUAUACGUAAAGUACUUCGGUUAAUUGCCAUAUGGUUGACAGGUACUUGAUUGGGAAAUUUAAGGCUAAGUAGUCGGAGGCUUGUUGUUUUUGGUGUCGUUGGGCCCGCUCGCCGGCAGAAAUGACUUCCUUGACUCAGAGGAGUUCGGGCCUCGUGCAGAGGCGGACCGAAGCCUCGCGUAGCGCCGCUGAGAAAGACCGUCCGUCCGGCCAGGAGGAUCACGGGCCUCGGCGAGCAGACGAGCCGGACGAUGACGAUACCGCAGACUCCAAAGAAACACGCCUCACCUUGAUGGAAGAAGUGUUGUUGUUAGGACUGAAGGACCGCGAGGGCUACACCUCAUUCUGGAAUGACUGCAUUUCAUCAGGGCUGCGAGGGUGCAUGCUGAUUGAGCUGGCUCUGCGAGGACGCCUUCAGCUGGAGGCUUGUGGCAUGAGGAGGAAAGGUCUGCUGGCCAGGAAGGUGAUUUGUAAGUCAGAUGCUCCUACAGGUGAUGUGCUCCUGGACGAAGCUUUAAAACACAUCAAAGACACUCAGCCACCAGAGACUGUGCAGAGCUGGAUUGAACUGCUCAGUGGAGAAACAUGGAACCCCUUAAAACUUCAUUAUCAACUGAGGAACGUCCGUGAACGGCUGGCCAAAAACCUAGUGGAAAAAGGUGUCCUCACUACUGAGAAGCAGAACUUCUUGCUUUUUGACAUGACAACACAUCCCCUGACCAACAACAACAUCAAACAGCGUCUCAUUAAGAAGGUUCAGGAGGCUGUACUGGACAAGUGGGUGAAUGAUCCUCACCGAAUGGACAAGCGGCUUCUUGCACUCAUCUUCUUAGCCCAUUCCUCCGAUGUUCUCGAAAAUGCCUUUGCUCCAUUGUUAGAUGAUCAAUACGACCUGGCCAUGAAAAGAGUGCGGCAGCUGCUGGAACUGGAGCCUGAAGGGGAGAGCAUGAAGGCCAACACCAAUGAGCUGUUAUGGGCUGUGGUGGCUGCUUUCACUAAAUGAGGUUGUCACAGAGAGAACAGCAGGCAGUGGCAUUCAAGUGGAAAUGUACUUUGGGGGUAAAAAAUUACUACUAACCCCGACAUGUUGACUUUACUGACUUAUGGUACCACUUUCCUGGAUUUGUGGUAUGGACUGCCCUGUCUCCUUGUCCCUUUUCUUCUCUUAUUUCUUUCCUUCCAGAUAACUCUCCUUGAUAAUCCUUCAUGGCCCUGAUUCUCUACCCCACAUCAGUUAUGUGAUCACUAAAAAUGACUCUAAUCAGUGAUGAAAUGAAGCAGUGGCUGAUGGUGUGGGUGGGGCUGAAAUCACUGAUUUGUAUCAUUUUUUUUUUUUUUUUUUUUUUUUUUUUUUUAAAGCUUUUUCUUAGGUGUAGUUCACAUGUCACAGGUUACUCAAGGCAACUUUGUGAUACAUUAAAGAAUACAAAUAUCAACUGUGAUGUACAUGUACAAAACAGUGAUGCUGUAGGGAAGUAAAAGGUUAAAAAGCUUAGUUAAUGAGCUUGAGUGUAGCUUAAUGUGACUGACGUUUGUGGAUAUGAUGUACUUGGUGCUUAGAUCAAGUGUGGAGAGACUGGUAAUGCAGUCAAAUCCAAAAGUCUGAGUCUGCUACCUAUGACAGUGUGCUGACGUUAAGACCGUGUUCCAGAUUUUUACUCAGUUGUUGUCUCUCGACCCACUCAAUCCAUCUGUGUUUUAAAUAUACAGAUAACUAAUUAAUGCUUGACUUGAAGGGCAUCUCGUGACUCUGUUAUGCCGCUGGAGAAUUUUGCUGGCAUAGUUAGAAGGAAGAGUCACUGAAAAUAAUACAAAUUGCGAGCAUGCAAACUUUAUCCUAUGAUGAAACCUUUAUACUCUGAUGCAAGCAAGCUCUUCCAGGAUGUCAUUCUUGGGGCGCAGGGAGUCACUGGAUGGUAUGAUUAGUAUGGAAAAUGAUGGGACUCAUACUAUGAAUAACACUCUUUGGACCAAUAUAUAUGUUGGAUGGAGCCUUUCACCUGCAUCAUGAAAACACCCAGUGAGGGAAGAGCUUCGGGAGCAUUGAAGCUGUUCUGGCAGUACAUUGAGGCCCAAUGCCUUAUUUAGCCACAUGUUGGUUUAUCUUUUCAUUUGUUACUUGUCUAUAGCUGCAGUGUGGGUUUUCUUUUUUAACAUUGCUGGUUUGUAUGAGUUUUUUUUUCCCCCUAAAUUUUGAGAAUGAAGGAGUAAAACUUAGUUUACAGCAUGUGUACACCUAUACACCUGGACUAGGCCUUUGACCAGGGCAGUGCAAUUUGUCAACUUUUAGUUUUGUGAUUUUUGACAGUCAACAAUUAUGGGAACCCAUGAUAAAACUAGUAAGCUGGUUUUGUGAAAUUGCCGGGAUGCCUGUCUCACCCUAAAAGUUAAGUCAUUCCCCAUCAGGCUGUGGCAGGUUUAACUCUGAUGCCAAGGUUAUGGAAAUGGAGCUUUGCUCAAAAAGACUAUCAUUUCAGCUAACCUAUUUUUAAUCAGAGUUUGAUAGGACAAUACAAAAACAUUCAAAAACAGUCACUGUUUAAAAAAAUACAGGGGUUGGACAAUGAAACUGAAACACCUGGUUUUAGACCACAAUAAUUUAUUAGUAUG